CAAUUUCUAGACUAUCCCAAACAAUUAUCAAAACACUGGAAUUUAUUUCAUCCGAGAAUAAAUUUUUUUAUUUGCUAAGUGUAUCGUAUAUACACAGUACAGUGCAUGCAUCAUUGUCAUUCUUCUCUCGUUGCACUUCCCCCUCGAUCAUUACACAUAUGUAAUGAACACAUACUCAGUUGAUUCUCCACCAUCGUCAAAACACUUCCACCGCUGACAUUAUUCCGAGCUCCUGAGGAAGAUCAUCCCAUCGUCAGUAAAAAUCCAUCAUCCCCUCGUGGAUUAAUCACCAAACAAAGCAAAAUAUCGGACAUCAGGGGGAUAACAAACCCCCCAGAUAUGUGUGAGAAUCGAGGAAGGGAAGAGUGGACUCUCUCCUCCUCCAACCGACCAUAAAAACAAAAGGAAAAGACCUGAAAAAAAAAUCUCUCGCGGAAUCAACAUCCCCAAGUUAAAAAAAAACUACAGGUGAACGACACCAGCAAACCAAAACAUCAAUUAUCGAGUGAAUAAAAAAAGUGUUGCAACCCUCGGUUAUGUCGCACGUUUUAUGUGCUCCGUCAUGAGUUGUCUUGCGCAAUCCACUGAUGCAUCACUGGUGUUGGCAUUAGCCAUGUAAUAACCUUACACAGUGGCAAAACUCGUUGGCCCACUGCAUUUGUUAGUUUUUAUUUUGUUAUUUUCGGUUCGAGGUGUAAAGUGGAACUUAUGGUUUAUCGAGAGUGUGUCUUGUGAGGGUGAUCAACGAGAUUAUUUACCUGUAUGAUGUGAAGGCGUUGCCCCACAUCGGCGUCGUCGCCGUCGUGGGUUUUUUCAUUUUUCUUUUUUACUGUUAAUUUAGACAAAUUUUUUCCAACGCUGCGAGUUUUUUCGUUAAUGACACCUUCUCAUAAUCGAGCUGUUCAUCUGAUUUUACGACAAGUCGAUAUUUGAUCACCCCCCUCAAUUAUCAUUUGAUUUAUGCAGACGAGUGAUAGAAGCUUGAAUUGAGGGAACCGAGGCUAAUAGACAAUGUCUCAACUAAACAUAAGCACGGGUAAACGAGGCAGGGGAGUUGUUGCCAGCACCUCAGCCACAGCUGUGUCUGCAUCGAGUAGCUCCACAGACUUGGCUAGUCUGUUUGAGUGCCCCGUAUGCUUUGAAUACGUCCUGCCACCGAUUCUGCAAUGUCAGAGUGGACACUUGGUGUGCAGCAAUUGUCGACCCAAAUUGAGCUGUUGUCCAACGUGUCGCGGACCAUUAGGUAAUAUUAGGAAUCUUGCCAUGGAAAAAGUGGCAAGUAACGUUAUGUUUCCUUGCAAAUAUUCUACCAGUGGUUGUACAGUAUCAAUGGUGCACAUUGAAAAACCAGACCACGAGGAUGCUUGUGAAUUCCGUCCGUACAGUUGCCCCUGUCCUGGUGCGUCUUGCAAGUGGCAAGGAUCUCUCGAUGAGGUGAUGCCACAUCUCGUUUUGAGUCACAAAAGCAUUACUACACUCCAAGGUGAAGAUAUCGUAUUUUUGGCGACUGACAUUAACCUACCGGGUGCUGUUGACUGGGUAAUGAUGCAGUCGUGCUUCGGUCACAAUUUUAUGCUGGUUCUAGAGAAACAGGAGAAGUACGAUGGACACCAACAAUUUUUCGCAAUAGCCCAGUUAAUUGGCUCGAGAAAACAGGCUGAAAACUUUUCAUACCGACUAGAGUUAAAUGGCAAUCGUCGCAAACUCACCUGGGAGGCAAUGCCGCGGUCAAUUCACGAGGGUGUUUGUUGUGCGAUACUGGCGUCAGAUUGUCUCGUUUUCGAUACGUCGAUUGCCCGACGUUUUGCUGACAACGGUAACCUCGCGAUAAAUGUCACAAUAUCCAUUAAAAAUUAAUAAAUUAAAUCAGAGAUAACGAUUAAUCCUAAUUCAUUAAUUUUUCGCGCCUAGUUGGAUAAACGGCAGACUUACGUUUUGGAAGUGAAUAUUAUUUGAUCAAUUAUUUUCCUUUGUUUUAUUCAGUUUAAUUCUGAUCGAAACACUGCGUGAAUCGCUAAUGAAAGUUUAGACUGAAAACAAAAUUUAAAAAAUUAUGUACAUUGUGGUAACCAUAGCCAAUUAGCUUUGUAGAAUAUUACUAGUUGAACUAAGGAUUCUGAUGACAUAAUGAUGCGUAAUUAAGUAAUGCUGUGAAUACUAUUACUAUGAAAAUCGGUGCAGUUUAGUUGCGCCAAUUUUUUUUUUCAACCAAACGAACGAAAAAUCAUUGAAAACCAGUACUCAUCCCGCGUUUUUUUCUCAUGAAAUUUGACCAUGUGAACUCAGUGAUUUCCUGCACUUUCAGAAACAAUAAGUCUCAUUUAUGAUUUAUAAAUUAGUGUUAAUAAUUAUUGAUGACUGUCUGGCGGUGACAUCCACUGGUUCCAAAUUUAAUUUUUUGUGUUUUCCAAAUUCCAAUUGAUAAUGAACAAUUUCUAGACUUUAUGAAAAAUUUUAAAAUAAAAUGAAAACGCAAAACGCUUCGAGUACGUAUUAUGGACCAUUUUUUUCUUUAUCGAAAAAUUAAUUCGUAGGAGUUUGAUGAUUAGUCAAAAAGUGAUAUUUGAUUGGCAAAUAAGAUUACGGAAAUUCUUUUGCACACGAACUUAUCAAUGUUUUUCAUUAAUCAGUUCUUAUUUGUAAAUAUAAUUCAUUAAAAACA